AUGCACUUCCCCCAGCUGGUCGCUAUGACCGCCACCCUGCUCGGCCAGGCCCUGGCCCAUCCCCCAUCGCGGAACGACAAUUUCGUCGCAGAGGUGCCGUCCACCCGGUCCUACUUCAUGAUCGGGGGAGGUUACGUUGACGAUGGAGCCGGCGGUCACAUUUUUCGCGAUCAGAUGUACGUCGAGAAACUGGCCCCGGCCACAGGUGCUAGCCGAGACGCGCCUAUCGUCCUGAUCCACGGCCAGGCACAGACUGGAAGUGUGGGUUACCUGCGAAGGCCACGCUCUGUCGAAUGCGUCCCUCAAGCCGAGCGGCCUGCGCCCCGCCAGCUCGCCAACCUCGCUGACAAGCCGAUCCUCGUCGUCACGGCCGAGGCCUCGUACCACAUGCCCUACGAUUACUGCACCGUCGACUUUCUCCGCCAGGCCGGCUGUUCCAGGACGAGGCACGUCGAGCUCGGCGACGAGGGCAUCCACGGCAACGGCCACAUGUUCUUCAUGGAGAAGAACAGUGAUGUCAUCCAGCGUUUGCUCGAGAAGUGGAUCUCCGCGCAGUAA